AUGCCGAACUGCCUGGGGGCACCCAAACAAAACACGAAAAAGAGCAGCAGCAGCAGCAGCAGCAGCAUCAGCACCAGCAGUAGCAGCAUCAGUAGCAGCAGCAGCGGCAGCAGCAGCAGCAGCAGCAUGAGUUUUGCUGGAGGUGCUUUAUCAUGUUUGGGGUCAUCUUCAUUGCUGUUGUCUUCAGCUAAACUCCUCAGCAGCAAAUUCGGCACUGCAUUUGGUAGCAGCAGCAGCAGCAGCAGCAACAGCAGCAGCAGCAGCAGCAGCAGCAAAGGAGGGGUUUCAUUCCCCUCUGCAUUAGACUCCUGUUUGUCUGAGGGGCCCCCCCUUAAAGCAUCUUCUUCUAAGGGGCCCCCCCCCAGCGAUAAAUUGUUUGAAUUGUGUGCUCGGACGCACAGAGCGAGGGGCCCCCAAACAGAGACAAAGGGGGGCCCCCAGCAUUCAUUAGGGGCCUCCACUCAUUUAUUAGGGGCCCCUAUUCAUUCAGGGGGGGGGCCCCUUACUUUAUUAGGGGCCCCCCUUCAUUCAGAUAGGGGCCCCUUUAAUAGUACGGGGGCCCCCAUUCAUUCAGGGGGGGCCCCCAUUCAUUCAGGGGGGGCCCCCCUUAGUAAUAUAAAGGGGGGCCCCCUUAGUAAUAUAGAGGGGGCCCCCCUUAGUAAUAUAAAGGGGGGCCCCCUUAGUAAUAUAAAGGGGGGCCCCCUUAGUCAUAUAAACGGGGGCCCCCUUAGUCAUAUAGAUGGGGGGCCCCUUAAUAAUAUAAAGGGGGGCCCCCUUAGUCAUAUAGAUGGGGGCCCCCUUAGUAAUGUAAAGGGGGGCCCCCUAUAUAAGGCAAAGGGGGCCCUCGUUAAUAAUAUAGAGGGGGGCCCCCUAAGUGGUAUUGGGGUCGCCUUAAAGGGUAAAGAAGAGGGGGGCCCCUUAAAUGAUAGACAAGAGGGGGGCCCCCUAAACAAAGAUGAAGAGGGGGGCCCCCUAAAUGAGGAUGAUGAAGAGGGGGGCCCCUUAAAUGAAGAUGAAGAAGAGGGGGGCCCCCUAAAUGGAUAUGAAGAGGGCUGCGAAGCAGGGGCUGUGAAGCUGCUGCUGCAAGACAAAGAGCUCCUUUACUUUACUGUCGGGCACUUCCACCCUAAGAUAGCCCUUCGGCACCUGCAGCAGCAGCAGCAGCAGCAGCAGCAGCAGGGGCAGCAGGGACAGCAGCAAGGGGAGGCGUUGCUGCUACCUUUAUCGCGGCAGCAGCAGCAGCAGCUGGUAGGCGCUCGGCCUGCAUGGGCAAGCAGAAGCAAUUUGCUGCUGGCGCUGCAGCAGCAGCAAGAUGUAGACCCCUUCUCUAUCUUCGGCGAAGCACCUGCUGAGCUGCUGCUCGAUGAGGUGUACGAGCAGCAGCACUAUGCAGCAGCAGGGCCCAUUGCUCGCUCUACACACCCCAUCCUAUCCAAAUUCUGCAGCAGAAGCAGCAGCAGCAGCAGCAACAGCAGCAGCAGCAGCAGCAGUAGUGGUAGUGGUAUGUGGAGCAGCAAGAACGGGAGUCAACAGCAGCAGCAGCAGCAGCAGCAGCAGCAGCAGCAGGAUGAGUGGCGGCUGAGCGCUUCUGUUUGGGAGAAAGAGCUGCUGCCAGCGCUGCAGCAGCACUGGGCUCAAGUAGCAGCAAUAGAGUUAAACUUUAAAGAAGAUCCGCUGACAGCAGCAGAAGUAGAGUGGUAUGUGAGGUGUAUGGGUGCAUGCAGAGACAGCAGCAACAAAGUGUCUGUCAAGCAGCUCUGCUUCUGCCCUACACCCCCUCCUUAUAGACAGUGGGCCUGGACAGACUCUCGUCAUAUCCUACGUAAACGUAUUAAUGCUGCUGCUGCUGCUGCUGCUGCUGCUGCUUGUGAUGGGUCUGGUACUAGUACUGCAGCAGCAGCAGCAGCAGCAAGAAACGAAGCGGCUCCUUAUUCGCUGUCUCUUCGGGUCUUUCUCUCUCCUUCACCCCCCAAACGCAAUCGCAAUAAAACCCUAAUACCAAAAGAAACUGCUGCUGCUACUAGCAGCAACAGCAGCAGCAGCAGCAGCAGCAGCAGCAGGAACGGGAGCAACAGGAACACGUACCGUGUUACGCCUGUUGCUGCUGCUGCUGCUGCUGCUGCUGCUUCGUCUGCUGCUUCGCCAAUUACCCCGGGGAUUCGAAAGAGGCGUCGACGUGUGCUGAAGUGGGCUGUGAGACAGCAGCAGCAGCAGCAGCAACAGCAACAACAGCAGCAGCAACAGCAGCAGCAAAACGGCUGCGAAAGGGCUUGCUGUAGCCCAGGGCAGCAAGGGCUCCUCUGGCCUAUCUCUUCACCGUGUAUGAACAGCAGUCAAAAUGCUGCUGCUGCUCCUGCUGCUGCUCCUGCUGCUGCUGCUAACGCUUCUUUUGGGCAUGCUGCUGCAGCAGGAGCAGCAGCAGCGCACCCAGCAGCAGCAGCAGCGCACUCAGCAGCAGCAGCAGCAAGAGGUGGCGUUGGAGAUAGCAGCGGGGAGUCUUUAUUGCGGGGGAAGAGGAAGAAAGAAUCUACAUGCGGUGCUGCUGCUGCUGCUGCUGCUGCUGCUGCUGCUGAGGGCCCCCGAAGCAGCAAAGUAGCAGCUCUUCUUGCGGGGGCGCAGCUGCGUCUUCUCUCGCUGGGCAGACAAACAAAAAAAAUAAAUAAAGAAAAUGUAAGGACGAAUUUUAUUAAUUAUAACAACCACUCAUACUGCAGCAGCAGCAGCAGCAGCAGCAGCAGCAGCAAGCUCCCUCUCCCGUGUCGCUUGGGGGGCAGCAGCAGCACCAGCAGCCUUCCUCCCCUCUACCUUAAUACCAGCAGCAGCAGCAGCAGCAGCAGCACCAGCACCAGCAGCCUUCCCCCCCUCUACCUCAAUACCAGCAGCAGCAGCAGCAGCAGCAGCAGCCUUCCCCCGUCAUGCCGCAUUAGAGGCAACAGCAACAGCAGCAACAGCAGCAGCAGCAGCAACAGCAGAACAGGUAUAGGGCUGGUGGGGGGCCCCUAUGUGCGCGGUGUAUGUGUAAGGGGGCCCCAUUCGCAAGGGUUUACCUCUUCUUUUGGGGGCCCCCGAUAG